UCGCAGGAAGAGAGAGGAGAAAUACACGUUUCCUAGUCUCAGUUGGCAACAACAACAACUACACACCUACAACUGAUUGCACACACACGCAAACGCAGGCAAACGAGAGAGCGACUUAAGUGAGGGAGGGAGAGCAAAAACGCGAGAGCAGUGAGUGUGAAAGAGAGCUAAGAUUAACGUUGCCGCAGCAGAGCUGUUCAGGCAGCAUUGUACGCUUUUCGCUCUUCGCUCAUUUUCUUUCGUUGUGUGCUCCGGCAAUGUCGUGUUUCGGAACGGUGGAAAUAAUAGCAACAACAAGAUAAGAUUUUCCGUUUUUCCGUAUGGAGCAGCGGCAUUUGUUUUGAAAGUAAAGCAAAAGCGAGCCAGAAAAACGAAAUAUAAAGAAACGCCGACAGCGACGAAAGACCGCGCCUCGCCUGAAUCCAAACGGUGUUUUUUUUUUUGUGUACGGCGUGCGUGUGUGUAGACGAAUAUUAGCCAAAAAACCACUGAAAAUAGUGCAAAAAGAGCCCUCAAAUAAUUAUAAUAAUAAAGAAAGCCAAGAAAUAAUAAAAUAGGCAAAAAGACAGAUGAGGAGGCCCGAGAGAGCAGGCCCCCAGACGCAAAGCAAAGACCAGUAAUACCAAGACCCCAAAAGGCCAGACCAGUUUCAAAAAAAGCCUAUUUGCAGGGCCCGCCGCCAGAUAGUAGUGUACGUGCGUGUGUGUUUUUUUCUCGUUAUUUGUUUCCGUGUGUGUGUGUGUGCUAUAAGAGACCACAUACGAGGAGGGAAAGGCCGUUUCAAGGAGCGGAAAGGCAGCAGCAACGAACAGUGCGCGAGCAAGCAAUAAGAAUAAUAAAUUACACUUUGCUAUAAUAAGAAAAAUUUAUACAUACCUAUACACACACAGCCAUACCGACGUGCCAGUGCCCCACACACAUGAGCACAAGUAAUGCUGGCGUCUGAGUGUGUGUGCGCUGCGCUGCUUGUGGAAAAUUGUAAUAAAAUAUGAACCGCAGCUAGCCCGCAAAGGAAGCGGCGAGAGAGAGAGAGAGAGAGGAGGAGAAGCAGAGAAGCGGCAGUAAAACGAGAAAUCGACUGGAAAACCCACAACAAAAAAACCAAGGAAAAGAAUUGAGUGAAAAUAUCGAAACUGCAUCAAAGAAAAGCUGCUGCUACUACUACUAUAAUCAUUGUAUUCAUGUGCCAUUUAAUUGUUUGGGAAAAGCUUUAAAGGGAUAUUCUACACCAUACUAUAUCUGUAAGACGCCACAGUAUUAGCAACGCAACACAUUAACAUAGAAACACACACACAUAUAAAUAUAUAUAUAUACAUACCCCCCGCGCGUGCAACAUGUCCUGCAUAUCGAGCAAUUUCAGCUCCUUCUUCCUCAAUUCGCUCAACGAUCCCUCGGAGUUUUCCAAGUACUUGAGCAAUGGCGAACUGAAAUGCACUCAAUUCGAGGAAUUUCAAGUGUUUGGCUGCGGCGCAGGCGCAUCGUCGGGACAGCAGCAGCAGUCGCAGCAGUUGCAACAACAACAACUACAGUAUUCCCACACACAUUUAUCCAAUGGCUGCGGCACGGAUUUCUCCUACGAGGCAGCAGCGGCGGCGUCAUCGUCGUCGUCCCAUACGCAACGAGAAACCUGCCUGCCUGCCAGCUCAGGUAGUGGUAAUCCGACGACGACGCCGAGUUCUCACUCGCACACAGUCGCUGCCGCCGCCGCCGCUGCCGCCGCCUAUGUCGCUGCAGAGUCGGGUGUCGCCGCAGCGCCGCCAUCAGCAGCAGCAGCUAUACCGGGGGCAGCAGGAGGAUCAGUCGUAGGGCCAUCCCCUGCAAGCAAUCGCUGGCCCACGGCGGUGGCCACCCCCAAUGGGGGAUCGGUAUCGGUGCCCCAGCACUUUGAUGGUUCCUUCGAGUUUAUAAAAUAUCUGCGCCACUCCACGGACUUUACGCCGGGAACAGCCAGUGCCACGGCGGGCGAUAGCUCCGCAGCUGCAGCAGCGGCAGCAGCAUCAGAGAAAAGCACCAAGGGAGUACCGGGAGCAGCACUAGCGGCAGUGGCAGGCGCUGGCACACCACCCCCGCCACCCCAAUCGCCCGUGGCCAGUGCGGGGCUCCUCGACCUGGACACAAGCACCUCCCAGAAAUCGCGUUCCGCCUCCCGUAAGGUGGCCGCACUUCUCUCCUCAGUUUCACGCGCCUCCAAUAGCCACCAGCUGGACACGAGCUCGUCCGCGCUGGACGUCUUUGACCACGAUUCAAAGCAGACCAUCUUCGACCUGCAGCACAUGGCCUCCAACGGGUCCUCCAACUCAAACGAGUCCUCGCUGGAGUUACUCGCCUUCCCCAACUCCCAUUUGAAUGCCUCCAACUCGAAUACCUCGUCGGAGGGCGCUGCCUGCGGUAGUGCCGGGGAGUUUGGUGGCAUUCUGACGGGCGCCAGCUCCUCUUCGACCGCCUCCUCCUCGUCGCACGCCCCCAAGCUGCUCGGCAGCUUCGUGAUCAAGGAGAACUUCGAGGUGCAUCCCUCUCACAAGGUGGAGGAGGGCAUCUUCCAGCACAUGAACAAGCUCCCCUCUAAGAAGAAGGACACGCUCAAGCAGCUGGGCGUCCGAUUCACGGGCCAAAUGACGCUGACGGACAAAUCGAUUGUGGUCGAGAAUUUCAUCAAGUUUUGCGAGGAAUAUGAAAUCAAGGAUCAUCGGCCCUGGCUGUCCCUAAAUCAGUGCGGCCUCAACAAGCCCGAACAGAUCAAAUUCGCUCGAUAUUUGGGCCAGGGUCUGCCCACGUUUACGCUCUUUUGCAUUUAUAGCAAUUAUAAGAAUCUGUUUUGCACAAAACGCACAGAAAUCUACACCAAGGAUGGCUACAAUCUGCCUUAUAUACUCGACAAAACCAAGCGCUUCCUGGCCAACACAACAGCUGACCUCAAGAACAUGGCGGCCGCCAAUGACGGAUCCCUGGAGUUCGCAGCCGCCAACAGCAGCAGCAGCAGCAGCACCAGCGCCAGCACCAACCUCAUAAACAGCAACAGUAACAGCAGCAGCAGCAGCGGCACGGUUAACCUGUCAGCGGCUAUGGCUCUUAAUACGAACAGCAGUUUUGUUGCCGCGCCGCCGCCGCUGUCGCUGCCGCCCACAAUGGAUCCCCGUUAUGUGUGCGGUGCACCGCCGACGCCGGGCUUGCUGCCACCGCCGGCUCUGGGGCCGCCGCCGCGCUCCCUGGAACAGAUGAUCAUCUACGAGAACUUUGAGGUGCACGAGACGCACCGCAUCGAGGACGGGGUGUGCACGCACAUCAGCCGGUUGCCGCCCAAGAAACAGGAGCUAUUGAAACAGUUCGGUAUACAGAGUAGUGGGCAGCAAUGUCUGAGCAAUUAUGAAAAGUACAUACUCAUCGAGAACUUCAUCAAGUUUUGCAAUGAAUAUCAGAUAUCCGAUCAUCGACCCUUUUUGGACUUCCACGAGAGCGCUUUAUCCAAAUGUGAACAACUUAAAUUUGUACGAUAUCUGGGCCAGGGGCUAUCCAAUCUGACGCUAAACAAGAUCUAUGUGGCAUUCAAGGAUCUGCUAGGCAACGGCAGGCCCGAAAAAGCUGCUCUGGAGAGCUAUAAUUUGGAUAUCCUAUUAAAGAAGAAGCGCAAGAAUCUCUACAACCGCAUGCAUUCGGCUGCUCCCAGCAUUGAUCUAACCGCCUACGAUACGUCCCAAGCACAGCCACAACCACAGCCACAUGCACAUCCGCAUCCGCAUCCACAUCCACAUCACUCUGCCCUGAGCACGCCACGCCCGCAUCAUGCCUUUGCCGCCCUAAAUGUAGCGACACAGCGCAGUGAUGUUUGCAACGAAUUGACGCCCGCCGGCUUGCAGUACAGUUACGCCGGAAACGGAAGUGGAACCCCGGCCGGAAACGGACCACGGUAAAGUCGGGCCCAAUACGACAGCAACUAAAUCAUCAAAAACAUAUACAUACAUAAACAAAUACUUCUUCCUGGAACUGGACCAGUAACUGUUGUGUCUUCGAAACGAACAAGAAAAAAAAUCAAAUAACAAAAACAGAGAAAUCAUUGAGAACUAAGUGCUAAAUUUAACAGAAAAUUAUAAAAUUAACCAAGGAAAUUAAGUAUCAGAGACACUAGUAAAAUUAGACUAAAUGUUAAAAAAAAAAGGAAAAACAAAAACUUAAAUCGAAUGAAAUUCAAUUAAGCCAAUCCCCAAAACUACACCAACUGGCAAAAUGGAAUACUAAAUAAAUAUUAAGAUUUAAGAUUAUUUAUACUCAAAGUAACAACUAAACGACAUACUUACGAGAGUAUACAAAAGAUAUACACAUAUUAUAUACAUACAUAUAUAGUAUGUAUAUAGAUAUACAUAAACACAUAUAUUUCUGUAGUUGCCAUAGCGCUUCUGGGUGCAGCCAAAUUCUGUCCAGAACAGAACAGAAGAGAACUAUACCCGAAUCGGUACAAUAUAUAUAUAUAAUAUAAAUUUUAGCUUCGGUUUCCAGCAUCUCAUCCCUAGGAACCCUGCCCCAGCAUCGAGUAUACAGCAUACAGCAUACAGCAUACAGCAUCCAGCAUCCUGUCUAGCAGUGCAGUCAUGUAUGUAGUGUAAGGUUUAAAGCCUAGUCUCUAAGUGCAAAAAUAUCAAACAAUAUUAUGAAGAGAAAAACUAAAUCAAAGACCGACCUCCUCCCAAAAUGAAAGUUCCCUAAAUACGACGCAAACUACGAGUAACAAGUAGAUAAAACCAUAGCUGGUAAGAGACAAAUUUUUUUAGAGUAGACUACGACCGAACGGAAGCACAGAUGAUUAACUAAAUAUUCCUAUAUACAUACAAUAUACAUAUACAUACAUAUAUAUACAACAAGCAGCAUCAAAAUUUCAAAAUGGGAAACG